CAUCUUCUCACCGCCCUAUUCAUGUUGUAAUUUAUAGGGUGGCCGUGGUGUGGGAGAGAAACAAGUAUGCUGAGUUGCAGACACUAGUGGAGAUAGAACCUAUCAGAGGCUUCUAAGGCUGCUUGUUAGAAGUUUACGAAUGAUGUUAACCUUAGCAACUAGCAAUGUUCACAACGAGCCACAUUCUAUUUGCUUCCCCCCCCUGCCAACUGUUGUUCGUUUUGCUUUUUUUCCCUUCCACCCCUAGUUAAAGUGGAAAUUGUAACAACUCUAGGGGAGUUCCAUGACGACCGUCGAAUUCCGGGGCAGAAACGAAACCUUGUAGGCGUGUUUCUGUAUCUGUCACCACGUAUAAGAGCCCGAUGGACCCUCAUAUCACAUAAAGACAAGGCCUCUAAGAGACCAUGCAUGGUUCCACUCUAGCUGCUCUUGUAUCACCAUCGCUUGCGUCCAGAAGAUGAGUAGGUUCUCGACGUAUUGUGAAUGGACCGUUACCGCUCGAAAGUGCUUGGACGGUGAACCGCCCCCAGGCCAUAUAGCGAGAUUUCACCUUUGGAGGGGACUUAUUCGAUUCCCGCUUGCUGGAGUAGAACACUCUAGCCGCGUCGCUUACUUUUAUAAAAAGCUAAUGGCCGAGGUCAACCAAUCUAGAUUAGAUGGCAAGAGAAAGGAACUGUACAGGAGCUUCACAGCUAGGGUAAUCUCUGCCCAUUUUGCUGUUGAGAAUGUUGAGAGGAUUGCGACCGUCUCGAAGCUCAGAGUCCCUCUUAGUCAUCUCGCAGCAGCUCUCAAGAUAAUGGUAGAGUUGAAGGAGUAUGACGACAAGCAUCCCGUUCAUUGGUCUGAAGUUUUUCCGACGGAGGAUGUUCAAUGCUCUCUAUCACCCGCCGAUCUCUGGCUUCAUUUCAAGUUAGAAAGCAUUAGGCCAUGCCUCGCCUUUCUCGUGCGACUCUUUAGGCGGGUGCUUCCUGACUGCUCGGGCAUGUGGAAUGAAUGCGAGGAAAGCUUAAGGAGAAAGCAAUGGAUCCUCCUAUUCGUCCUCGAUUCGCCAAAUCCUCGGAGGAUUCAAACUCCAACAACGCCUCCGAGAGCUAACUUGAUAGCUCGAUAGGCUGACCUGGUUAGCUGAGAUUGCAUAUGUAUACGCGAUAUAUAUCUAGGUUUGUCGGUUCGAAACACCUCGAUAAUGAUUUUUGCUAAUAAAAUGGAUAGAUGGUAGUCAAGAAUGCAUGGUAAAAGUGGUAAAGCAAAAAUGAUAAGGGAGCAUAAGGGUCGUUAUUUGCCAUAUGAAACAUCAUGUUCGUAUGAUGUCUUGUACCUAGAAAUCAUCAAGAGGAUUUAGGAAGUUACCUACUGGAUAGGUAAUUAAUUAUGCUUAAAUCUGCUCAAGUAUUAGUUAGGUAUCUAAGCGGAAUAAAUAUUAUGAUAUCCGGUA